CCGCUUCUGGCAUCUCAUGGGAGAUUAAAAUAAAGACCGGAGAGGGGAGAGAUAGGGGGAGCAAUGGAGGUGGCAGGAGAGAAAGGGAGGGUGUGUGUGACUGGUGCCGGAGGAUACGUGGGCUCAUGGCUGGUGAAGCUCCUCCUCUCCAAUGGUUACAAGGUCCAUGGAACAGUCAGAGAUUUAAGCGAUGAAAAGAACGCUCACUUGAGGAAAUUUGAGAAGGCCUCUGAAAACCUUCAACUCUUCAAAGCGGACGUGCUUCACUACGACACUUUAAAAGCAGCCUUUGCAGGAUGUGAAGGAGUCUUCCAUGUGGCUAGUCCUGUCCCUGCAACCAAAGUCCUUGAUCCAGAGUUAGAGUUGAUCACUCCCGCUGUUAACGGCACUCUAAAUGUACUUCAAGCAUGUUUGGAGAUGAAAAUCAAACGGGUGAUUGUGGUGUCAUCAAUUGCUGCCGUUUUACUGAAUCCACAUUGGCCACUUGAUAAGCUCAAGGAUGAGAAGUGUUGGUCGUCCAAAGAAUUUUGCAGGAAGAUUGAGGUGACUAUUUUGAUCAUUAGAGCUUUUGUUUCUAUAUCUUUUCUCGUGAAAUGAAACAAAGUAUUUUAUUUUUUUUUUCUUUAAUAGAAUAAGGUACACAAUUGAAUA